AUGAGUCCAUACGAUAUUAUAGCAGGAGAUUUUAAUGAUGAUACUCGCUUGGACUUGAUUGCCGUCAACAAUUGGUACAACACUAUCCAUGUAUUUAUAGGAGUUGGUGAUGGGGACUUCAUUAGUGCAGCAAAUUAUACCACUGGUCAAGCGCCGAUGUCUAUUAUAGCAGGGGAUUUCAACGAUGAUGAUGAGCUUGAUGUAGCUAUAGCUAACAGCGCGGAAGAAAGUACCAGUUUGUUGCUUGGUAAUGGAGAUGGUACGUUUCAAAAUCAGACGAUAUACCGUAGCGGCCUCAAACCAGUUAAUAUCAUUAAAGGUAACUUUAACAAUGAUAUGAUACUGGACGUCGCAGUGGCUAAUUAUGGUGAAGACACUGUCAGUAUUUUAUUUGGUAGAGGUGAUGGAACGUUUAGGCCGCAAAGACGAUUUCCGAUCACGGAUUCUCUACGCUACAUCGCUGCUGGUGAUUUCAAUAAUGACGGAUCAUUAGACAUAGCAGUAACAUCUACUGAGUGGACAAUAAUUUAUCUACUUCUCAACUAUGGAAAUGGAAGUUUUGAAGAUCCAAUUACACUAGUAGUUGAUUCAGGACCAUCAUCCAUUAUUACGGCUGAUUUCAAUAAUGACACUAACAUUGACAUUGCAGCCGUAUAUUGUAAGGAAAAUAUGAUUGGUGUAAUGCUCGGUAAUGGAAACGGUUCAUUUCAGAAACCAUUGUACUUGUCAACUCGAGAGCAUCCAGUUUUUAUCAGAACAGCCGAUUUCAACAAUGAUCGUAAAUUAGAUUUAAUAUUGGCUAAUCAAAAGAACCUAACGAUUAGUGUGCUACUGGGUAAUGGAGAUGGUACAUUCGAUCUUCCGAUAACCUAUCCUUUUUCAUCAACUCCUGGAGCUCUGGCUAUCGGAGAUUUCAAUCAUGAUAAGCAACUAGAUGUGGCAGCUGCGAAUGUUGAUUCUAAUUCAAUCUGUAUCUUACUCGGAAAUGGGGAUGGCUCAUUUCGCGAUAACGGAUAUAGAUGCGAGUGGGCUACAACUCAUUAUCAUUCAUUCUACAAUCCACAUUGUUUAUUUGAACUUGAAAUUCGUUGGCUUUUUGCAACAUUAUGCAUACUUGGUGAUUUAAUUACACAAUGGUCACAACGUACAGGAACCAUACUUGGAUCAAAGCAAGUAGCUUUUCAUCUCGUACCGAUUCCGUGUGACCCAUUUGCUGAAUGUGAUGCACUAAGAUUACGAUUUUUUCUUUUGAAUGCUUGUGUUAGUUAUGAAGAUGAAAAAGUAUAUUAUGUUCAUAUUAGUGGUGGAAUGUUGGUUUAUAUUAUAUCUGAUGUUUACAAUGUUCAUUACAACAGUCAAACAACACGUAUUAUACGAUAUGGAUCUACAACCGACAAUCAGUUGUCACCUUUAGAUUGUGGCUUUUAUUGGUGUUGGAAUUUUUGUUUAGGAAAAAAAUGGCGAAGUUCACAAAUCGGUGAAGAAAAAUAUCAAGAUAUAAUGUUAGCAGAUUUUCGGGCAUUUUAUGAUAAUGAAAACAAUCGUUUAGUUAAUUUCUGA